AUGGAUAAUCUGUCCGGAACAGAUAUGCAGGUAGAUGAUUAUGAGAAGUACAACAAUGACAGGCAAGACGUGGUUGAUAUCAACACCGACGAGACCGUGGGUGGUACGGACGCAGAACCUAUGGCAGAUGACUAUGAAGCUAUAAAACCUCGUGUCCUCCCUGAACUGCCAGAUCAAGAAGUCGAAAGUGAGGCAUAUCAUACCUGGCAUAUUGACAAGUGGAGGGGUCUUGGACGAAAGGAGCAUGGACCUGUGUUCAAGUGUGGUGAUUCACCCUGGAGAAUUCUCUUUUUCCCCUUUGGUAACAAUGUCGACCAUGCGUCGUUCUACCUUGAGCAUGGCUUUGACAAAGACCCACCAGAAGGAUGGUAUGCAUGCGUUCAAUUCGCCCUUGUUUUGUGGAACCCAAGUGAUCCUUCGAUCUAUACUCAUCACACUGCUACACACCGAUUCACAGCAAAAGAGGGUGAUUGGGGCUUCACAAGGUUCGUUGAAUUCAGAAGAGCUUUCCAGCAGAAUUGGGAAAAUCAUGAAAGACCACUUGUGGAGAAUGACGAAGCCAAGGUCACUGCAUACGUACGGAUAUUCAAGGAUCCUACUGGCGUAUUAUGGCACAAUUUUGAGGGAUAUGAUUCGAAAAAGGAGACUGGAAUGGUUGGACUAAAGAACCAGGGCGCCACCUGUUAUCUAAAUUCUCUCCUGCAGUCUUUGUAUUUCACAAACGCUUUCCGUAAAGCGGUUUAUCAGAUACCAACCGAGUCCGAAGCGGUCAAAACAAACAGUGCGUGGACCCUGCAACGGCUAUUCUACAACCUGCAAAAACACAAACUCGCAGUCCCCACCUCCGAGCUAACGUCCUCGUUUGGCUGGGAUUCAAGACAGAUCUUUGAACAGCAAGACGUGCAAGAGCUGUCUAGAAUUCUUAUGGACAAGCUUGAUGAGCGGAUGAAGGGCACAGCGGCCGAAAACGCACUGGCACAGUUAUUUGUUGGCAAGUCAAAAACCUACAUCUCAUGUAUCAACGUGGACUGCGAGUCCUCGCGCAUAGAGGACUUCUGGGACAUUCAACUAAACGUACGUGGCAACAAGAACCUACAUGAAAGUUUCAUGGAUUAUAUCCAGGUGGAAACGCUAGAAGGGGAAAACAAAUACGAUGCUGGAGAACCGUACAAACUACAAGAUGCCAAGAAAGGUGUCAUCUUUGAGAGCUUCCCACCAGUGCUUCAUCUGCAGUUGAAGCGGUUCGAGUACGACGUAAAUCGAGAUGCUAUGAUGAAAGUCAACGAUCGACACGAGUUUCCUCUGGAAUUUGAUGCAGCGCAGUACCUCUCAGAUGAUGCAGACAGAUCAGAGUCAUGGAUCUACCAGCUGCAUGGCGUCUUGGUUCACAGCGGCGACUUCAAUGCCGGUCAUUACUACGCCUUCCUGAAGCCUGAAAAGGAUGGCUUCUUCUACAAGUUUGACGAUGAUCGUGUAACGCGAGCGACGAUGAAAGAGACUCUGGAGGAGAAUUUUGGGGGCGAAUAUGCGAACCUUGCAAACGGUGGUCUGGGACAGCGACAACCAUAUAUGAGGGGUUACUCCACGAAGCGCUCGAUGAACGCGUAUAUGCUUGUCUACAUCCGCAAAACAAGAUUAGAUCAAGUGCUUGUGGAGGUAAAAGAAGACGACAUUCCAUUCCAUAUAGAAAGAAAGCUGUCGGAGGAACGAGCAGAGCUGGAGCGAAGGAAAAAGGAACGUGAAGAGGCUCAUUUUUAUCUCACCGUUGGUCUAAUAUCGGACCUGACCUUCAAGAAUCACCAUGGUUUUGACCUGGUCAAUUGGGACGCUCCCCCUAGUGAUCCGGCAGCAGCACAACAACACCGAGUAUUACGCACCACCAAGAUGUCUGAUUUCUCCAAACAGAUCGCCGAGGAGAGAGGGUUGGCCCCAGAACAAGUACGAUUUUGGGCGAUGGUAAACCGUCAAAACAAGACAGUUCGUCCUGACCAACCGUUGAGGGACCCAAACAUGACCAUUGAGGAGGCCUGGAAUAAGUUUGGGACGAAGGGAGCACCGUUCCGAUUAUGGGCCGAGGUCUGUCAACUAGAAGACGGAAAGCCGACGUGGCCUGAUAUAAAUUCCGCAUCAAGCGGUGGAGGAUCAAUACUGGUCUUUUUGAAGCACUUUGAUGUACAGUCCCAGACGCUGAGUGGUGUUGGCCAUGUUUACGUCAAAAAGCAUGCCAAGGUUGCCGACAUUGCCACUCAAAUUCAGGACCUGAUGGGAUGGGACCUCUUUACCAACAUUACCUUGUACGAAGAAAUUCGUCAUUCCAUGAUCGAGGCGAUGAAACCAAGGCAAACCUUCCAACAGUCAGAGAUUCAGGACGGUGAUAUCAUCUGCUUCCAAAAAGCACAUUCGGGUUUAGAUCCGACCUCAGUCAUUUAUACCGACGCUAGACAGUAUUAUGACUACCUCCUCAAUCGAAUAUCUAUCAACUUCUAUCCACGAAUACCAACCGGUGCUGAAGGAGAGGUCUUCACACUUCCUCUAAGUAAGAAGAUGACCUACGAGCAGUUCUCGGCCAAGGUGGGCGAUCAUUUGAAAGUUGACCCCACACAUAUUCGUUUUGGGACUGUACAUUCGACGACUGGGAAGCCGAAGGCAUGGCUGAAGCGUACUCUGAAUCAGAACCUUCAGCAGCUUAUGUCUCCGUCAUAUUCCAGCUACGGAUAUAGCAACCACAAAUCGGAUUCGUUAUUCUAUGAGAUACUUGAAACAAGCCUGGCUGACUUUGAGACCAAGAAACCGAUGAAGGUGACGUGGCUUAGUGAGGGCAUCAGCAAAGAGGAACCCCUCGAGUUACUUGUUCCCAAAAACGGCACAAUUGCGGAUCUGGCGGCCGCUUUAUCGAAGAAGCUUUCCCUGGAUCCUGCUACGACCCAACUGAUUCGAGUUUACGAAGCACACGCUGGCAAGAUUUACAAGGAGCUGGCUGACGAUUUGGUAAUCAUGGGCAUAAGCGAAUUCGUGACCCUAUACGCGGAGAAGAUCCCGGAAGACGAGAUUAAAGCCACCCAAGACGACAGAGCUAUAUAUUGCUUUCACUUUGACAAGGAGCCAACAAAGCCUCAUGGAGUCCCGUUCAAGUUCGUCCUAAAAGCAGGAGAAAGAUUCAAGGACACAAGGGAAAGGUUAAGCAGAAGAACAGGUAUCAAAGGCAAGCUACUUGAGAAGAUCAAAUUCGCCAUUGUCUGUCGAGGUCUGUACCCAAAGCCUCGAUAUUUGGAAGACGAGGAUAUAGUCAUGGACCUCAUUACGGACAACGAUGAUUUGCUCGGUCUCGACCACGUCAACAAGACGAAAAGCUUUUGGAGCCGUGGCGACUCAAUAUUCAUCAAGUGA